CUAAGUUGCCUGUCAUCGCCGAACGGCGAACAGGGGUGCGUUCCUGCCUGCGUUCUACUUUCCCUUGAGUGGAAACAACUCGCGUUGAAUUUGUCAAGCUAGACAGAUUUAAUGUGGGCGUGUCCGUCUCGUUUGCCCUGCUCGUCAGCUCGACAGCGCAUUUGCUUGCGGGCAUCAAAGGCAGGAGGGAACCCGAGCCAGCUUAAAAGAAUCAUCCUCUUAAGGCAUGCGGAGAGUAAGGACAUUGAGGGCAUGCGCGAUCACGAUCGACCGGUCUCGGACCAAGGCCGGCAGCAGGCGGCACAGGUUGCCAAGAUGCUGAAGGAGCGGGGCUGGACACCGGAUCUGGUGCUUGCCUCCAACAGCAAGCGCACCAAGCAAACCUUGGACGAGAUGGCGGAAGUGAUGCACGAGCUCGCUGACGUGGACGCGCACUAUUACGGUAGCCUCUACACGGUGGCAGCGCUGGACGGCCAGACACGGGACCACAUCGUCGAGUGCCUGCUGGAGGUGUGCGAUGACGCCAGGAACCGGGUCAUCAUGUGCGUGGGCCACAACAAGGGCUGGGAGGAGGCGGCCUCGCAGUUGGCGGGCCAGGCGGUCAAGCUGCGCACCGCCUCGGCCGCGCUGCUGCAGUGCUACGCGCCGUCGUGGAAGGAUGUGCUGAAGCUGCCCAACAAGGAGGAGGGGGCGGAGCAGCAGGGCCCAGGCGCCGCUGCUGCCGCGAAGGCGGCGGCUGUGCAGUGGCAGCUGGUGGAGGUCGUGACGCCGCAGGUGGUGUGAGCGCAAGAGUUUGUGUGUGUAUGUGUAUGUGUGUGUGUGUGUAUGUGUGUGUGUGUGUGUGUGUUUGUUGGGUAAUAAGUACGCGCGCGCAUGUGCUCGUGUGUAUAUGGCGGUAUGUAUGCUGUUGUGGGAUAGUGCCGCGGCUUCAGGGAUGCCUAAUCGAGGCAGUUUGUGGUCGAGCUGUACGGAGCGCGGCUGCAACUAGAACCUCAGGGUGUUGUGCUGCAGCAUGUGCGACAGAUUGGGGCACGGUUGGAGUGCUUGGCUCAUGGAGACACUGGCGUGGGGCUGAGUGAGGCGGCUGGCGAGGCACAAUGCCGUGUGUACUGCCUGGCAAGUUGUCUGGAGCCUUCCCACGAGGCUAUGCGCGGUUUAUGGCGCGCGCUUGCGGUGCCUGGCGCACUUCCACCAGGCGUCCUGCAAGAUGCCUGGUAGCACGACCUGCGUCAGAUAAACUAUGAACGGGUCAGAUCGGGGUCAGCGCAUUAGGAGUCUUUGAUGCUGGCACUAGCCCGGUCAUCCAAUGGCGUGUGGCUGCGUUUGACAGCGCAGUCAACAGACACAAAGCGAGAAGAGAACCAAUGCCGACGAGUGGUGGCUUUGAUGAAAUAAGGGCGCAUGGCGCAUGCUUGGCUGGAAGUCGCCCAGUUGGGGGCGCCAGGACCUGACAUAGCUGUUGAGCCAUGUUGCUGCCGUAUUCUUGUUGUAGAUAGUCCGGCACAGGGAGAGCAGCGUAUGAGCGCUGCCGCGUGCUGGUGUGUGGGGGCGUGGGCGGUCGCUGACGGCCAGAAUAAGGGGUACAAACUGGUAUGUGCUGUCGCCUGAGCGAGGCAGUAGACUUGCCCAGUUCUCGCCGACUCGAAUCUGGGAGAGCCAGGCACGGUGAGACAGCACGCGCACCGUAUGGUAACCACAGACAUUUUGUACG